AGACAACAACGUUCCUGAGUUCUAAGGAGAGAUGGGCAACUUUCAUGUAAGUAAUAAUAAUAAUAUAAUAAUAAUAUCUUUAUUAAUCUUCCCCCUUCCCUUUUGCCCAUUUAGCCUUGUUCACUAUGGGGGUCCAAAGAUCCAGUUUUUUCAUGUCUGCAACCUACAGACAUAUGCGAAAGGGACCCGUUUUAAUCAGCCAGUGCUAUUUUUCUAGAAAAAGGGGUGUCAGAACUGGCCUGAACGCCUCCCUGCUCUUUCAUAAUGGCAAUGGCGCCCACCUGAGAGGUGACAGAACUGAGUUCCUGUGAGUUCCGGCUGAGGGGGGAAAGCAUUGGAUUCAGCCAAAGAUAUGCCAUCAUCCCAAACUGGCUGAGCCAGGCCAGUAUAAACCUCCCAAGGGGAAUGUUCAGGGGUGGCGGGACUUAGCCUAGGUCCUAAGCCUGUUUUGCUUGGUCACUUGACCUGCCCAUCUGGCACUGAAGACUACAGUGGUACCUCUGGUUAUGAACUUAAUUCGUUCCGGAGGUCUGUUCUUAACCUGAAACCGUUCUUUUUUCUUUCUUUUUUUCAAAUUUUUAAAUUGAUUUUCCACAUUUAUGACAAAAAGAAAAAAAGAAAACCAGUUACAAUACAAUAAACUAAACAAUAAACUAAACACAAAGAAAAUUUGUUUUUUAAAAUAUCUAAUUCCUUGUUACAUUGACAACUGACUUCCUCAAAUCCCCUCUAACUGAAUUUCAUUGUAUCACCUGCGUAACAGUUCUCCAAAAUCAUAUUUCUGAUAAAAUCAACUCUUUUCAUUUACUAUCCUCUUCUGUGUUUUAUUAACAUUCUAAUCCUUAAUAUUUACUACCACAUAUUCUUAUUCUACCCCUAAGCCUAUUUACUACUUCCAAGAAUUUUCUAUUUAUCUUAUAUUACAAUAUUUAGCUAAAUAUUAUUUAAAUUCCUUCCAAUCCUCUUGUAUCUCUUCUUCUUUCUGGUCACAGAUUCUUCCAGUCAGGUCAGCCAGCUCCAAAAAAUCCAACAUCUUAACCUGAAACUGUUCUUAACCUGAGGUACCACUUUAGCUAAUAGGGCGUCCCACAGCUGCCACGCGAUUUCUGUUCUCAUCCUGGGGCAAAGUUCUUAACCCGAGGUACUACUUCUGGGUUAGGAGAGUCUGUAACCUGAAGUAUUUGUGACCCGAGGUGUUUGUAACCCAAGGUACCACUGUAUUUUAAAGUCUUGUUUUCUGUCUGCCAGGCUGAACUGGGUUUGGAUCUGGUGUAACUUUGCCGGUUUGCUUAUGCCACCUUCUCAUGCAUCCCAAAAGGCAAUUUUGGUUCUUCUUUUGAAGCUCUCUUGGCUUCUUGGAGUUACCACAAGAGGGAAUAAAAAAAGGGGAAUCAGAAAAUGAUAUUAAUGCAGAGGGUUGCUUCUUAACAUUGCAUUGUAAACAAUCUAGACUUUUAUGAAUUCUGAACGUUCAAACUAUGCAAAAGUCAAGUCUAUUGGAGUUUGGUAAAUGGUUUAUUAAGGGUGGGGUCAGUAUGGGCACACAGAUUAUCUGGACCAUUUCUGGAGGAAUAGUUGACAUGGGGAUUAGCUGAAAGCUGAAGAAAAGCCUUGUGGAUUCAGAGCAAAAGCUUUAUCUAGAACAGCAACCUGUUCUCACAGUGGCCAACCAGAUGCCAAGCAGAACCUCAGCUGGUGGGCAUAGUUGCGUCAAGGGUGGGAUUAAGGGACACAGUUUGGCCUCCAAUACACACAUUUCCUGUACACAUAGAGAGGGAAUGAAUGGGUGAAUGGGACUACAGUCAAACUAGGAAAAAUGCCAGGAGAUACGGGUCCCGAGGUCUAAACCACUGAGCCUCUUGGGCUUGCCAUCAGAUGGUUGGCGGUUUGAAUCCCCGCGACAGGGUGAGCUCCCGUUGCUCUGUCCCAGCUCCUGCCAACCUAGCAGUUUGAAAGCACACCAGUGCAAGUAGAUAAAUAGGUACCGCUCCGGUGGGAAGGUAAACGGCGUUUCCAUGCGCUCUGGCUUCCAUCACGGUGUUCCAUUGCACCAGAAGCGGUUUAGUCCUGCUGGCCACAUGACCCGGAUAGCUGUCUGUGGACAAACGUCGGCUCCCUUGGCCUGAAAGUGAGAUGAGCGUCACAACCCCAUAGUCACCUUUGACUGGACUUACCGUCCAGGGGUCCUUUACCUAACACCAGGAGAUCUAUUUAUAUAAACCUGAAUUUGCCCCAAUCAUGUAUAACACAGGAGAUGGGGGUCUGGUUAUUAUAGCAAAAGGGGUGUGCAUGUGAGGGGAGCCAAAUACUCCUGCAUUCAUUCCCUCACUGCCCAAGACCUUUGUCCCAGAGGAGCUCACUUCUGAUAUCAUAGUUUUAACUGAGAAGAGGGGGGAAAUCCUGGUAAGAAAAACCACCUGGAAGUAAGCCAUGGGCAGGGAGGGUCCAUACCUGAGUUGUGGAGGUCACGUUUUGCAUUCAAAAAGUCCCAGAGUUGAUCCCUGGUAUCUCCAGUUAAUAGAAAAAUGAAGCAGAGCUGAAAUCCCAGAGAGCUUCUGCCAGAAAGCACUGAGCUGGAUGGACAAAUAAUCUGUCCUGAUGUAAGGCAGUUUCCUACACAACCCUUUUUUGCUCCAGAACAGUCACCUAGCACCCACAUUUUAUACUGUGAUAAAGUUUUGCUAUAAGGCCCAUGUAAGGUAAAGGUAAAGGGACCCCUGACCAUUAGGUCCAGUCAUGGCCGACUCUGGGGUUGCGGCGCUCAUCUCGCUUUAUUGGCCGAGGGAGCCGGCGUACAGCUUCCGGGUCAUGUGGCCAGCAUGACUAAGCCGUUUCUGGUGAACCAGAGCAGCGCACGGAAACGCCGUUUACCUUCCCGCUGGAGCGGUACCUAUUUAUCUACUUGCACUUUGACGUGCUUUCAAACUGCUAGGUUGGCAGUAGCAGGGACCAAGCAACGGGAGCUCACCCCGCCGUGGGGAUUCGAACCGCCGACCUUCUGAUCGGCAAGUCCUAGGCUCUGUGGUUUAACCCAUGGCGCCACCCGCUUCCCAUAGGGCCCAUGUAGCCCCAUGUUAAUUCUGCUCUCCAGGACAAGCUGGCAAUCUUCAGAUGUUUGGACUACAACUCCUAUCAGCAUAGCCAAAAAAAACCUCCCUGAAGUCUAGAAGCUCCUAAUACAAUUAAUAAUUAAACCCAAGUCAAUGGACAAUUAAUCUUGUCAGCCUUGAUUUGCCCAAGCUAACCUUCUGCCAUCAAACUCUAUUUGUUGAAACGUAAAUGAGACAUUUGCUGUUCAAGUCUUCAGGAUUUCCUGUUCAAGUCUUCAGGAUUUCCUGGUUGACUUAUUGCCAUAGUUUCAGUCAAUAUAAUUUAUCUAGCCCAAUGCCUCUCAUUAUGAUGUGUGUGUAUGGAUGCAUGGGAUGUGUGAUUCAUCUGUUACAAGGACUCCAGAGUACAGAUCAGAGGAGAAAUUCAGUUCAUAUUUAAAGGCGAGCCUACCUAAUUCCACAUUUUCCAAAACCACAUAAGAACCACAGCACAGUCAUCUUUCAAGAUUCUCCCCAGUUUUGCCAUAGUAGCAGCCAAGUAGCGCUUACAAAAUUUCAUAAAAAGAGGGAGUUUGGAUUUGAUAUCCCGCCUUUCACUCCCUUUAAGGAGUCUCAAAGUGGCUAACAUUCUCCUUUCCCUUCCUCCCCCACAACAAACACUCUGUGAGGUGAGUGGGGCUGAGAGACUUCAAAGAAGUGUGACUGGCCCAAGGUCACCCAGCAGCUGCAUGUGAAGGAACAGGGAAGCGAACCCGGUUCACCAGAUUACGAGUCUACCGCUCUUAACCACUACACCACACUGGCUCUAAUAUAUUGAAUGCUAUUUUUCUAGGAAAAGUGGUGUCGGAGCUCACAAUAAACUUCUCCCUUGUUCUCUUAGAAUGGCAAUGGUGCCUACCUGGUAGGUUCUGGAGCUAAGCUCUGGCUGGGGGGGAAAAAAGCCCUGCAUAUAUUAGUGAAAAUAAAAUAUCUUAUUAGAGCAAACAGAUUUGCAAAAAUGUGUACAUGAGGCAAAAUCGCAUGCAAAAAAAUGUGUAUACAGUAUAAGGAGAAAUUCACACAAAAUGCAAUCUCAGGGCCUGGGAUGAUGCUAACCUACAGACAACCCUACAGGUGAGUGUUUGGGUGUCAGGUGUGGCUGGUCAGGCUCAGAAUGUGUCAGGGCAAAGGGCAACUGCAGGUGCCUUCUGGUUUAACCCUCAAAUGCCUGCUGAAAAUUUUUCUAUGCUGCCAAGCUUCUAUAGGCAACUAACACAGGGGUAGGCAACCGAAGGCCCAUGGGCCAGAUGCAGCCCAAUCACCUUCUCAAUCCGGCCUGUGGACAGUCCAGGAAUCAGCGUGUUUUUACAUGAGUAGAAUGUGUGCUUUUCUUUAAAAUGCACCUCUGGGUUAUUUGUGGGGCAUGAGAAUUCAUUCACCCCCCCCCCAAAAAAAAUAUAGUCUGGCCCACCACAUGCUCUGAGGGACAGUGGACCAGCCCACGGCUGAAAGAGGUUGCUGACCCCUGAAUUAACAGCUUUCCGUAAUAGUUGGUGGUCUUUGUAAAUUUUUCUGUAUAAAUAUUCUUGUUGUAAAGGCACCUUCAUAUUUUUAAUGGUAUAUAAAUAGAGAGAGAAAGGCAACUGUAGGGGGAGAGCAAUAUGGUCACCCCCAUCAUUUAAUGAUGUCCUCUGUUUCUUAGCCAACUAUUCGGCGCCACCACGAUUUUGAUGCCGAGCGAGAUGCCAAGAAGGUCCAUAAAGCUUGCAAAGGGAUGGGUAAGAAUCCUGCUACUUACCUUGCAUGGCAAUAAUCCCAUGCAGAGGACCAAACCCUGCCACAAAACAAGGCACUCUUGUUUAGAUGGGGGGGACAGUGGACGGGAGUGGCACUGUGAUCUAAAUCACUGAGCCUCUUGGGCUUGCUAAUCAGAAGGUUGGUGGUUCAAAUCUGCUCAACGGGCUCCUGCCAACCUAGCAGUUCGAAAGCAUACCAGUGCAAGUAGAUAAAUAGGUACCGCUGCAGUGGGAAGGUAAACAGUGUUUCCAUGCACUGCUCUGGUUUCCGUUGUGCCAGAAGCAGUUUAGUCAUGCUGGCCACAUGACCCAGAAAGCUGUCUGCAAACAAAGGCCGGCUCCCUCAACCUGAAAAGCGAGAUGAGUGCCACAACCCCAUAGUCGCCUUUGGCUGGACUUGACCGUCCAGAGGUCCAUUACCUUUUUUACCUUAACAACUCUCAGCACCCUUAACAAACUACAGCUCCCAUAAUACUUUGAGUGAAGCCAUGACUGUUUAAAGUGGUGUCACAGCAUUUUAAAUGCAUGGCAUGAAUACGACCAUUGUGAGGUUGUGGAGGACACCAGAUUGGUAGUCAACAUUUUAUGCACAUUUUCUAUAUAAAAAAUGCCAUUAGGGGAAGGAGGGAAAAUCAGUUCAGCUCACAUUUUAGUGGAAGUCUACCUAGUUGGCACUUCCCAAUGAAACUAUUAACAUCAGUCUGGAACUCUGUUAAGAUGGUGUUCAUGUACAAAUACACAGCAGUUACACAGGCUCACUUGCCUGAAUAACUGCAAAUAUUGGUAAGAUUUGAUCAAUAAGAGAAGCAGGCAUGUCAUUCACAGGAAAACUUUGCAUUCCAAGAUGCUUUGAGUAAUUUGUGGCGUAGAUGAUGAGACAUCAACUGAAUCCAUCACAACUAUUUAUGGUAAAGAUGACAAAUGUGUGGCCCUCCACACGGUUGUUGCCAGUGUUAGAUACCCUCAGAAUAGUCCCAUUGAAAUUAACCAACUCGACUUAAUUAGGCCCAUUAAUUUCAGUGGCCCUCCUCUGAGUAGCACUUAGUUGGAGGCAACCCAAGAUGUUAUUGGACCAUAAUUCCCAUCAUGCCUGACCAUUGGCCAUGCUGGCUUGGGUUGGUGGCAGUUGGAGUUCAACAACAUCUAGAGGUCUACAGAGUCCCCAUAUCUGAUUUAGGGGACACAGGUGACGCUGUGGUCUAAACCCCUGAGCCUCUUGGGCUUGCCAAUCAUAAGUUUGGCAGUUCGAAUCCGUGUGAUGGGGUGAAUACCCGUUGUCCUGUCCCAGCUCCUGCCAGCCUAGCAGUUCGAAAGCACACCAGUGCAAGUAGAUACAUAGGUACUGCUGCGGCGGGAAGGUAAACAGUGUUUCCGUGCGCUCUGGUUUCCGUCACGGUGUCCGGUUGCACCAGAAGGAGUUUGGUCAUACUACCCACAUGACCCGGAAAGCUGUCUGUGGACAAACGCCAAUUCCCUCAGCCUGAAAGUGAAGAUGAGCGCUGCACCCCAUAGUUGCCUUUGACUGGACUUAACCAUUCAGGGGUCCUUUACCUCUACCUUAUAUCUGAUUUAUGGCUAUGUGUGCAACAUCCAUUCAGUGCUAGCCCUAAACUCUCAGACUGGGAAGAAAGGGAUAACUGUCCAUUUUACAAGAAAGAUUGGUUUCAUGCUGACGUCCUCCUUUUCAUAUUUUCCAGGGACGGAUGAAAAGGUCAUUAUUGAGAUCUUGUCCAACCGUUCAUCAGACCAGAGACAGCAAAUGAAGCAGAAGUACCAAGCCAUAUAUGGCAAGGUAUUGUUGUGGGUGUAUGGCCCUUGAAAUGAAGAGAAUGUGGCCCUCGAGAGCGCAAAAGGUUCUCCACCCCUGCUGUCAGCUGUGCAUCGCAGCACCCACCCACUGUUCCCACCAAUCCUCUUCCUUUUUUAUAUAUAGUUUUUAUUAAUUUUUUCUAAUUUACAUUUCAAAGUAUCCAUUUGUUGUUGUUUAGUCAUUUAGUCAUGUCCGACUCUUCGUGACCCCAUGGACCAGAGCACACCAGGCACUUCUGUCUUCCACUGCCUCCAGCAGUUUGGUCAAACUCAUGCUGGUAGCUUCGAGAACACUGUCCAGCCAUCUCGUCCUCUGUCGUCCCCUUCUCCUUGUGCCCUCCAUCUUUCCCAAAACCAGGGUCUUUUCCAGGGAGUCUUCUCUUCUCAUGAGGUGGCCAACAACCUUAAAUGAAUGACUUCCCUUCUUCUCUUUCCACAGUUCAUUUUGCAUACCAUACAUCCCUGCAUAUUUUACAUGAACUAAACCAUUCAGUAGUCCAUAGUUACACCAUCAAAACUUAUUUACACUGUUGAAUUUAUCUUAAUGGUACCAGCGUUUUUAAAUGUACACAAUUUUCACCCAUAUAAUCAGUAAACAUUUUCCAGUCUUCUCUAAAUAUAUGUUCUUCUUGUUCUCAUAUUCUAUAUGUUAAAUUUGCAAGCUGUGUGUAUUGCAUCAGUUUAGGUUGCCAUUCUUCUUUGGUUGGGACCUCACACAUUUUCCAUUUGGGGGCUAGCAAAACAUGGGCUGCAUUAAUAGCAUACAUAAACAAUAUUUUUUGACACCUGGGAAUUUCCCUCUGAAUUAUCCCCAACAAAAAGGACUGGCUUUUUUGGAAAGGAACUUUUAAACAUUUUUUUCAAUUCAUUAUAUAUCAUUUCCCAAUACUCUUUUCACCUUUUACAAGAAGAAGAAGUAGAAGAGUUUGGAUUUAAUAUCCCGCUUUAUCACUACCCGAAGGAGUCUCAAAGUGGCUAACAUUCUCCUUUCCCUUCCUCCCCCCCAACAAACACUCUGUGAGGUGAGUGGGGCUGAGAGACUUCAGAGAAGUGUGACUGGCCCAAGGUCACCCAGCAGCUGCAUGUGGAGGAGCGGGGAAUCGAACCCAGUUCACCAGAUUACGAGUCUACUGCUCUUAACCACUACACCACACUGGCUCCCACGUAUGAUAAAAUGUACCCUCUACCUCAUUACAUCUCCAGCACUUAUUUGAUUCAGACUUAUACAUUUUAGCAAGUCCCACCGAUUCUCCUCCUGUCCUCUUGACCUGCGCAAGGUGUUCUUCGCUGUGACUUAAAGGAUGGCUUGUGAUUAUUUUUCCCCCUUGUUUUUUUUUAGGAUCUGGGGGAAGUGCUGAAAGCAGAGCUGAGUGGGGAUUUCGAAAAGACUGCCCUGGCCCUGCUGGACCAGCCGUGCGACUAUGAGGCCAGGCAGCUUCGGAAGGCAAUGAAAGGUGUGGGGACAGAUGAGUCGGUCCUGAUUGAGAUCCUGUGCACACGGGUCAACCAGGUAGGGCCAUCCGGCCUUCUGCAUCACUUUUAAAUGUCUUUUAACCAGAUAACAACGUAGAUAAAACAGCUCCUCCAGUAAAACCACCUGUGUUUUUUUUCUCUCUCUCCCAGCAAAUUUUAGCCAUAAAAGCUGCCUACCAAAGGAGUAAGUCAUGUCUUAUUUCAAGAACUCCUGCUUGAGUGAAAAGGCCCGAGCAGUCACUCUCUUCCUUUUCUUCAAAGUCUUUGACAGGGAUCUGGAAUCUGACGUCAAAAGCGAUACCAGUGGGUCAGUGAGGAAGAUACUCCUCUCUGUGUUGAAGGUGAGGAGGGGUUGGACUGUUUCUUUAUCACAGAGGGGGAGAGCCUGAGUCCUGGGGACACCUGUCUGCCAUUGGGGUACUCCUUUGCAGCAGUAAGGUAAAGGUAAAGGGACCCCUGACCAUUAGAUCCAGUCAUGACCGACUCUGGGGUUCAGGUGCUCAUCUUGCUUUAUUGGCGAGGGAGCCGACGGACAGUUUCCGGGUCAUGUGGCCAGCAUGACUAAGCCACUUCUGGUGAACCAGAGCAGCGCACGGAAAUGCAGUUUACCUUCCUGCCGGAGCAGUGCCUAUCUAUCUACUUGCACUUUGACAUGCUUUCGAACUGCUAGGUUGGCAGGAGCAGGGACCGAGCAACGGGAGUUCACUCCAUCGUGGGGAUUCAAACCACCGAUCUUCUGAUCGUCAAGUCCUAGGCUCUGUGGUUUAACCCACAGCGCCACCCUCGUCCCUCUUUUGCAGCAGGGUCACCCCCAAACUGCACUGCACGGCAGAUUGGGGGUUCAAAUUGCUGUGCCCAGCUACUAUCUCAUUCUACUUAAUGCACAUGGAUUUUCUUAUCUCCUUUGUUCCUUCAAGCUACUGCUGAAUGGGGAAAGCUCAAGGGGUGCAGAAGGCUUAUCUUAUGGGGCAAAGCAAAACUGAGGAAACAACAGGGAAAGAAUGAGAUUUGUGCGUCUUGUUUCCAGUUUUGCUUGUCAACACUCACUAGAGGGCAGCAGAAAAACUGACGCGUCUCUUUGUCAGAUGGCUUUUAAAGUUUUCAGAUUAAAGGGUGCUUAAUCUACACCAGCCAUUUUUCCAGAGCCAUCCCUGUUUGUUCACCUCCAUUCUGGAGAAUCUUGACAAUGCACACCACUGCCUGCAACACUAAAUUGUGUGCAAAUUGUUCUGUUUGGUUGUGUAUUCCCAACCCAUCUGUACUAUACAUUCAAAGCAGUAUCAUAUCACUUUAAAUAGUCAUAGCUUCUCCCAAGGAAUCCUGGGAACUGUAGUUCAUUAAGGGUGCUGAGACUUGUUAGGAGACCCUGUUCCCUUGAUAGAGCUACAAUACCUAGAGUUCCCCAGGAAAGAGGGAUUGUUAAGCCACUCUGGGAAGAGUUCACCUGCUUCAGUUUCAAUGGCAGGACUCAAUUCUGGAGCAAACAAAUAAUUUAUGGAGUUAAUUCACUCACCAGCAAGUAGUAGCUGCAGACCUGAAAUUAAGAAGAAGGGCUUUGAAAUCAGAGGGUAGAGCUGAGGAAUGCUAAAAACCAUUUCCAGUAGCCCAGGGCAGGGGGAACCUUCCAUACUAGAAGGAAAACAGCCUGUUCUUUGUUUGUCCUUUUUCUUAACUGGGUGCCAUUUCUACCCCCAGGCUAGCAGAGAUCAAGGGAUGGAGACUAACGAAAACCUGGCCCAGAAAGAUGCCAAGGAUCUCUAUGAAGUAAGCACAAUAAUGAUAUAACAUAAACAGGUGGAGCAGCUUUUAUUAUUACAGUGGUACCUUGGGUUACAUACGCUUCAGGUUACAUAUGCUUCAGGUUACAGACUCCGCUAACCCAGAAAUAGUGCUUCAGGUUAAGAACUUUGCUUCAGGAUGAGAACAGAAAUUGUGCUCUAGCGGGGCGGCGACAGCAGGAGGCCCCAUUAGCUAAAGUGGUGCUUCAGGUUAAGAACAGUUUCAGGUUAAGUACGGACCUCCGGAACGAAUUAAGUACUUAACCCGAGGUACCACUGUAUUAGGGUUCUGAAGCAAACACAGGCAGACAGCAUGGUACCCUGUUAUCAGCCUCAACACAUUGAAAUUCCAUGCUAUAGUCCCAGCUGGAUCCCCAAACUGGUGCUUCCCCAGCUGUCCAGGUGCAUUCUCUAUAGAACAAGCAACAGAGAGUACAUAUCCUCCAACAUUUCUCCGAUGAAAAUAGGGACAUCCUAUCCAUGCCCUCCAACAUUUCUCCAAUGAAAAUGUCUCCUCCAACAUUUCUCCGAUGAAAAUAAGGGCAUCGUAUCCAUGCCAUCCAACAUUUCUCCAGUGAAAAUAGAGAGGUCCUAAGGAAAAGCGGGACAUUCUGGGAUCAAAUCAGAAACUGGCACGGCUUCUGAAAAUCUGGGGCUGUCCCUGAAAAGUAGGGACACUUAGAGGGUCUCAAGAGUGUUUCUCCUUCUGACCUGUGGUUGGGUGUGGUUUGCAUUCCAGGUGCUUUGGUACAGCCAACCGCCCACCAGUUCCAAUUAAGCAAACUCUUAAUAUUCACCAUCAGCUAAAAGCUUCCUUGAGCAUUUAUCCCAUUGCUAAACUGUCCUUACAAGGAAGGAGUUGCCUCCCUUGGGGUGGCUACUGUCUAAAAAACAGAUAUGCAUCACCCAGAAAAGAGGCCAAGAGUAAGCAGUGAUCAGCAAAACGAACCAACAAACAGAAACACCUGAUAUGUGCUAACUGGUACAGAUGCAAAUUUAGAAAUAAUUAAAAUUUAAAUAGAGGAAUACAAUACAUCUAUCUCAUCAUAGCGGGGAAGCCUGUGAGGAGGUGGUCUACAUGCCUCAUCAGUCUGCUGCCCAGGUGCUAAUGGCCAAUGAGCAACUUUGAAGCUCCCGUCUUUCCUUCUCAUUGUUCUUUAUCUUUAAACUGGACUUUGAUCCUUUAAACCAGGCUUCCUCUACCUCGGCCCUCCAGAUGUUUCGAGGCUACAAUUCCCACCAUCCCUGACCACUGGUCCUGCUAGCUAGGGAUCAUGGGAGUUGUAGGCCAAAAACAUCUGGAGGGCCAAGGUUGAGGAAGCCUGCUUUAAACAGAGGGCUAGCUGUUCUCCUGUUGAAAGAGGGUCUGUGGCCAUUCUAUCUCUACCAGACAUGGGGCAGAAAUUGAUUCAGUUCGGGUUUAACUGUGAACCUACGUGAUUCACGCAUCCUGAAACAAUAUGCGGACUGAAAAACAGCCAUCCUUUGAAAUUCACGCCCCUCCAAAUUUUGCAGCCCAGUUCUCCAGCCGAGUAAUGUGUACCAAAAACACAUAUACGAGGAUAGACUCUGCUUUAAAAAUACACAUUGAUGGAAAAAAAUAUACACCAAAAAUCCAUCAUCUUAGAUAAAACGGCUUUGCAAAAAUCUGUAUAUUAGGCAAACUUGUGUAUUUGGAAAAAUAGUCUGAGGAAUUUUCGCAUGACCCUUAAAAAAAUCUGCGAACUCGUAUGAAAAUGUGGAGAAUCUAAUUUCUUAUUGGGAAACUUGGGGAAAGCGAAAUUGACAGAUUCAACAUUGCUUAAUCUCUCUACCCAAAAGUACACAAACCAAGCUUGACCCAUAUUUACAUUCCUGUAGUUUAAAUUCUUAGCCUAUUCUCAGUGGAUAGGUCACAACUCCUAUAGUUAUAGUGGUCUUCCAUCUCUGAGGCAGGAGAAGGCCGCUGGGGAACUGAUGAGCUGGCUUUCAAUGAUGUCUUGGCGAAGAGAAACUACAUGCAGCUGAGAGCUACCUUUGAAGCCUACAAACAUGUGAGUACCCUUGUUCUGUUGUGGCAACUGAUACGUCACCUGAAGCUCCAUGCUAGUGCUAGGUAAAGGUAAAGGGACCCCUGACCAUUAGGUCCAGUCGUGGCCAACUCUGGGGUUGCAGCACUCAUCUCACUUUAUUGGCCGAGGGAGCCGGUGUACAGCUUCUGGGUCAUGUGGCCAGCAGGACUAAGCCGCUUCUGGUGAACCAGAGCAGCGCACAGAAAUGCCGUUUACCUUCUCACCGGAGAAGUACCUAUUUAUCUACUUGCACUUUGACGUGUUUUUGAACUGCUAGGUUGGCAGGAGCAGGGACCGAGCAACGGGAGCUCACCCCGUCGUGGGGAUUAUAACUGCUGACUUUUUGAUGGGCAAGUCCUAGGCUCAGUGGUUUAACCCACAGCGCCACCCACUACCAGUGGGUAAAAUAUUGGUCAAGCGUCUAGCUUUAAAGUGCAAUUGCUAUCCUUGCAAUGAAGAAUCAGCACACUGAGCUGCUUUUCCGUAUGCCUGUUAAACUAUUGUGUUGGCUGGUGGCCAUGACCAAGGAGAACCUGGGUCUGAAGUCCAACCCGCAUCACCUUUGAGCAUUGAUCAUGUAAGCCAGGGUUUCCCCAAACUUGGGUAUCCAGUGGUUGUUGGACUCCAACUCCCUUCAUCCCUAGUCCUGCUAGCUAGGGGUGAUGAGAGUUGUAGCCCAACAACCACUGGAGACCCAAGUUUGGGACACCAAUGCAGGCUCAUGAAAGUUGGAAUCCAACAAUGUCUUGAGGGCCACAAAUUCCGUGAUGAAGACACAGCACUACCAAUGUGAAGAGAAGAGCCCAGCAUCUUGUUCUCACAGUGGGCAACUAGAUAUCUGCCGUAAACCCACAAGCGGGACCUCAGUACAGCAACACUCCCCCCAGUUGUGAUUCCUAGCAAUUGGUAUUCAGAGGCAUAUUAUGACUAGCAGCCUUGGAUUGCUGCAUCCGCUAUGAGACCUUUUACAGCUGCCCAAGUUGGUGGACAUCACUACCUCUUGUUGAAAAGUGCCAUACGUAGCUGAAUGGCAGAGCAAAUGCUUUGCACCAAGAAAAGUCCCAGGUUCGGUCCCUCGCAUCUCCAGGUAUGGCUGGGAAAAUUGAAAUAUUGAAAUUGAAUUGAAAUACUUUAUUGUCACUUGCACAACUUGUAUACAGUGAGAUUACAUGAGCACCCCCCACUCAGCUCUCUUAGUCUUAAUUCCCCUCGUUUACUGACGCACACCCACCAAACCCGAAAGUCAGUUGCCCUGUUGUUAUCUUUUCUUUCAGCAGCCUAACAGCCCAUGGAUAGAAGCUGUUCUUUACCCUGUUGGUGCGACUAAUCAUGCUUCUAUAUCUUCUGCCUGAGGGCAGGAGAUCAAGAAAGUGCCGGCCAGGGUGUGAAUCAUCCCUGAGAAUUUUCCUCACUCUCCUGAGGCAAUGUUCUUCCGCUAUUUCAUCCAGCGGAUUCACGGGACAGCCCAUAAUAUCUUGUGCUGUAUUCACCACCCUCCGUAGGAACUUCCUAUCAGCUGAUGUCAAACCAGUGUACCACACUGUGAUGCAGUAUGAAAGGACACUUUCUACUGCUGACCGGUAGAAGGAGGUCAUCAAAUGUUGAUUGACAUCAUUCUUUCGCAAUACUCUGAGGAAAUGGAGUCUCUGUUGGGCUUUAUUAACCACCUGGGUUGUAUUUAUUUUCCAAGUAAGGUCUUCACUGAGAUAAACUCCUAGGAAUUUAAAAGAAGAGACUCUCUCCACACAGUCCUCCCCGAUGUACAGCGGGGCUAGUUCUCCUCUCUUCCUCUGAAAGUCCAACACCAUCUCCUUUGUCUUGCUGAUAUUAAGGUGCAAGUUUUCCCCUAGGCACCAUGUAGAUAUUUUUUGGACCAGUCUGGAAUCCUGGAGAGCCCCUGUCAGUCAGUGUCCACGAGACUGAGCUAGAUGGAGCAAUGGUCUGACUCAAAACAAGGCUGCUUUCUCUGUAGUGGCAAAUUCCACAGUUAAAUCCUUCACUGUGCGAAGAAGGGCCAUUUCCACUUUGCUGAACGCUACUGUUGUAAACAAAAAUUGCCCUUUUCCCUUAUGGGGUAUCCAAGAGCCUGUAUAGAGUCCUUACAUAGGUUCCCUAUUGGUAGGAGAAGAUAACAGAGGCCAACCAGAGAAUAUUGAGAAGCAAAGCAGCUAGUAAGCUUGAUCUUUAUUGAUCUGUUGCAACAGGGUGCUCCCCUCACACGCAGGAAAGGAGGAGGAACCCUGAAAAAUGGCACGCAAGGCUUUUGAUAUUCCCACCCUGUAGAUCAAGACCACCCCCCAGAAACAUCAUACAUACAUCACAGAAGGGGUGUAACCUAAGACCACCCCUCAGAUACAUCAUACCUACAUCACAGAAAAGGCGGUCUUAAAGCAGAAAUUUGAAUAUUGUUUUUCUCCUGUUGUUGUUUAUCUCCUGUCUGGCAGGUUACUUGACUGGAUUGCCUGGGUAGCCUGGCUAGUCUUUUGUAAUGAUAAAUACUUAGUUCCUGGGCCAUGUCACAGGCUCACACCCUAUUCAUAUCUUAAAUGUGCCCUUAAGACAGGAUUUGUGAGGAAAGAGACAAUGGGGAGGUUUCCCACUUUGACCUUGCAGAGAAAACAUUUGCUCAGUUUAGGAAUCAAAAUGGUUCCAGGUUGGUCUUCCUGUGCUGAUCUAUGUACGUACUUGGUUGGUAUAUUUAUGAACAUUACCAUAUAUCUAAAACCAUAAAAUUCCUAUAACACUACUAAUAUACCACCACCAACAACAGUGGACAAUAAGGUCCCACCCAUUCAGCGGUGAAUCAAUCCUUAAUUUAUCCCAGGACAAGCAAGGGAGGGAGAGGAGAGAAAGGGAGGCAGGGAAACAAGAGAAUAAUAUGGGUCAUUUGUGUGGCAGUUAGUUCAGUUACCCACCUCCUUCGAGGAAGGCUGGGAUGAAAUGCAAUUUCAAAAAGUGUUGUUUUAACUAAACCCUAAGCCUAUUUAGAUUAAGUUUAAAGUUAUUUAAACACCUCGUUUGGCUUAAGCAAAUACAUUAGACUCUAAAAAUAAGGCUUGCCUCGAGCUCACAAGCUCUUUACCCCUGACUACUCGCUAAAGUUACCAACUGACUGGCCGAAGGUGGUCUGGCUUUUACACAAAAUAUCUUUUGUGCAAAAGCUAGGAUUCGGAGCCGGCUGCCAGGUUUUUGUUUUUAAUAGUUAAGGUGGAAUUUCGGUUCUAUUUAAGCAGAGCUUCAAAAUCGGUGACAGGGUUUAGGCCAGUAGCAAAGGGAGGAGAUUCUGACUAAACAUCAGGAAGAACUUUCUGGUGGUAAGAACUGUUCAACAGUGGAAUGGACAGCCUCAGGAGGUAGUGGACUCCAUUGGAAGUUUUAAAGCAGAGAUUAUCUGUGAUUCCUGCAUUUUGCAAGGGGUCGGUCUAGAUGACUCUCAGGAUCCCUUCCAACGCUGUGAUUCUAUGAUUUCAUAAUAAUAAUAUUAUUAUUAUUAUAAUUUAUUAUUUAUACCCCGCCCAUCUGGCUGAGUUUCCCCAGCCACUCUGGGCGGCUUCCAAUCGAGUGUUAAAAACAAUACAGCGUUAAAUAUUAAAAACUUCCCUAAACAGGGCUGCCUUCAGAUGUCUUUUAAAGAUAAGAUAGCUGCUUAUUUCCUUCACACCUGAAGGGAGGGCAUUCCACAGGGUAGGUGCCACUACCGAGAAGGCCCUCUGUCUGGUUCCCUGUAACCUCACUUCUCGCAAUGAGGGAACCGCCAGAAGGCCCUUGGCACUGGAUCUCAGUGUCCGGGCUGGAUCAUGGAGGUGGAGACGCUCCUUCAGGUAUACAGGACCAAGGUGUGUGCUUGAAUUCCAGAGUCCCUACACAUACUCUAAGCAGACAAGUUCUUCCUUUCCCCACCUUCCCACUGACAGCAUAUAUAUUUUUGUACCAGGCUAAAGGGGAAAGAGCAGGAACCCCUGCUUGCCCCCCCCCAAAAAAGCAGUGGCAAUGCCGCAUGGUAUCUCUGUACUAAACUCUGCGCUACAAAGAGCAGUUAUGAGAUUUCUUUGUUUAUUGCACCGUAGCUGACUGGCAAAGAUAUUGAAGAUGCCAUUAAGAGCGAAACUUCUGGAGACCUUGAGAAGGCCUAUCUAACUCUUGGUAAAAACAAAGGCUUUUUAAUAUAUAUUUUUUAAAUCAUCAUCUCUUGAAGUGACUCUAUUGGUUACACUGGAUGAAAUCAUGAGUGGGGAGGGGAUCAUAUUCUGGAACCCGAAGCCCUUCUGACGCAGCCCCUUCUAAAAUUAUAAUUUGCCUUUAUAGCACAAUUCAAACUUCAGAUCUCCCGGGAUGAGCGGAGUUUGGAAUAGGUGGGUCGGCUUGUCUCACCUGAGCCCAGCAGAUCUUGGGGAAGGGUCCUGGCUCAGCAGUUAAGCUAAGCAUUUGCUCUGCAUGCUGAGCCCAGUCUAAAACCCCAGAUAGCUGCUGCCUGUCCGUGUAGACAAUAUUGUUCUACAGUGGGUCAACAGUCUGAUUCAGUAUAAGGCAGCUUCCUAUGUCCCCAUGUAGCUCAACUUGACUGAACCAGGGCUCAACCAGUGGAAUGUAUGCCACUGUAACUCCCCCAGAAUCGGUGUUCCAGAGGGACAGGAGGGUCAAGGAGGACCCACACCUAUUCCAGGUGACCGAGGGCCCAAAACUCAGGCUGACACUCACCUGCCAGCUGCACCAACAGUAGCCCCUGCCCAGCAACUACUGCCUGAGGAAACUCAGACCAUCAUUUUCCCCUCUGCAUCUGAUUCAUUGGCUGCAUAUUUUCAUUCUCGAUGGCACCAUUGUGGGUCUUCAUGGAAUGUUUUUCUUUAGUAAGAUGUGCCAGGGACUGCCAAGCCUAUUUCGCCACUCGCCUGUAUGAGUCCAUGAAGGGCGCAGGAACCGACGAGGAGACCUUGAUUCGCAUCCUGGUGACGAGGGCUGAGGUAAGCCGUUUGGGGAUUCUUAAAUUCUUGUGUGAAUGUGUUAUCGUUGCAGUAAGUACCGCCUUUAAAAGUGACCGGAUAGAAAGAGGGGAGCACGGACAUCACUUGUGUAGCAUGCUUGUCACCCUAAUAAUAUGCAGUAGCUCUGCUAGCACCAGUGGCCUGAUGAUUUUCAGCUUGUGGUCACUUGAAGGUGGGCUUUUUCACUCAUGGACACAAGUGAAAUAUGAAAAUCCCCCAACAGUAUUGGCAUUCUGCCGGCUCACAAAGGCACACCUCUUUAGGCAACCAUUCCGCUGAACUUAAGCUUCCUGAUUUAAUUGUGCCAACAGUCUGCUACGUAAGUAGACCUAUGAAAACAUUGUUUUGACUUUAUGUUGAUGCUUUAAUUGGGGAGCCCCUAACACAUAAACUAAGGAGGCAGGCUUGUUUUGCUGUGUAUUUUAAUUGAUUUUGAUGGUGAUUUUAAAAUGCCUAGAAGCCUUUUAUUUUAUUUUAUUUUAUUUUAUUUUAUUUAUUUUAUAAAUAUCCUGCCUUUCCUCCCAAAAAGUGCCCAGGGCAGCAAUCAUAGCCAGAAUUUAAAAGCAAAAACAUUCUACAAUGGUUACAACUUUCUAAACACAUUUUUUUAAAAAACUGGGCAUGUAAGCAGUAAAUAAAUUAAUUUAAAAAUGAAUAAUAAGUAGGUUAUAUCAGUACAGAUUCAUGCCCACAGGGCACCUGGCAUAAGCAGUAAUCAGAAUGUAGUAAGCGAGCACAUUGGCAUCAAGGGGUAUGACUAAUGGGCACAAUUCCGCCCACCCUCUCACAUGUUCACUGAAUAUAUUGGGAAGUGGGUGUCCUUGCAGGUCUCCUGAUAGUCCACGCAGAAAUAUGAUUAAAGCCACCUACGAAAUUUGAAUAGGCCACUGCUCCUCUCCCCCUUUCCUUUUGGUGCUGUAAUUUCAGUCAUUUACAAAGGUAAGGUCUACCAACUUGGAAAAACGGCAGUUUUGCGGGCUUCCUUUCAAGCCGCCUCUCCCAGAAUACCUCACUCCACGGAAGGACCCCAUUUCCUUUGUCAGGGCGAGGGUUGCUCCUGCAUCAUUGGCAGUUGGGUUUUUUAUAGUUUGUUCCAAUCCUUGCCUAUAUAUGGACAGGGCUUGGGGUCCACAAGCAACAGCCAGAAAAGUUUAACUGGAGUGUGUCCUGGGAGAGCUCAUUUAUCUUCUCCUGCUAUUUCUCACCUAUGGCUCCAAAGAGUAUGCUCUGGCAUGUCAAGCUUUUGACCCCAGGGCUCCUAAUCUCUUCUCAUUUGCUUUCAAGAUUGACCUUCAGACAAUCAAGGAGAGGUUUCAGCAGAUGUACAGCAGGUCUCUGGCCGAAGCCAUCCGAUCCGAGACGUCGGGAGAUUUCAGGAAACUGCUGCUCUCCCUACUGCACUGAGACCUUGUUGAAAAGAGGGGUGCCGAAAUGAAUGGCGCAGAUAUAGAUAUAGAUAUAUGAAGAAGGAGUUUUUAAAUAGCUCUGGCAGAUUACUACUUCAAUUGUAGGUUUGUGUGGUUUUUUUAAUGAAGACAAUGAGCAGAAUUCUUUGCAAUGUUGGCCCUACCAUUGGACAGAGUCAAGAGGCAGCCUCGGGGGGCUGAUACAGAGUGUCAAUAAACAGCAACAUAAUGUUAGUAAUUGGA